UUUAGGUUAGUUUUAUCAGCUGUAGUGGAAGUGGAGUAGGCCUGGUUGAGUUGAACUAAAUUAUGUUAGUAGUCUGGGUUAAUCAUACAGUGUAUUGGAUUAAUAUAUAUAGAUUAAUUACUGAAAAUAAGUGAAAUGGUUUAUUUUUACCAGUGUAUUGUGAAACUGGUAUAAUCCUAGCCUUAUUGGUGUACUGAAAGUACGUAAUGUAAUUCUGUAGUAUUUUUUUUAAUAUAUGCAACAUAUAGACCAUGUUUAAAUUCCCAGAAGCACCAGGUUUUACACCAAAUUAUGUUAAAGGAAUAUUAGAUGAGAUUGCAUUAGAAGGAUUGGAUGGAAUUACACCUAAUGAUCUCUGGCUUAGAUUAAACAAUCGUCCAUAUUUUCCUUUCAAAGUCAAUGAUGAAACGACAAAAGUGUUUCUUUGGGAAGCGGUCAAACGGCUCAAAUCUGUCUCUUUCUUUGAACUUCCCGAGCCCCGAGAACCGCUGGUUAUCUAUGAUCGAUUUGAACACAUCGAUCCAGAGCUGGGGAUGAUCAUUGAACCGGAAAACUUGCCUGUCAAUAUUUAUCCUCAUUGUAAAGUGGAGGAUUUGGACAAGGGGAUCAUGGGAUCCUGUGCCACCUACUACACAAGGAAUGAUGUGACCGAAACAGUCCGCUCGUUGGCAUACAAAGAUGUUUGUGAAAAGUGGGGCCACAAACUGGCUAUGGUGGCAUCGCAAACCGCCCGCCGCAGAGCUCUCCAGAACUCGGAUGUGAACCCGAACCUAGAGCUGACAACGAUGCAGUACUUGGUGCUGGAACGGGUGGGCCGCAGUCGUUACCAUGGAGAGAUCACACAGGGCCGAGAGAGUCUGCAGAUGAUUACAGAGGACGCCAAGUCUCUGUUCUAUUUGCGGAAGGUGCUGCAUAAACAUCGACUCAUCACUAAACAGAUGUUCCACCAAAAGCAGGGUGGCCAGAACACUUGUGGGCUGCUGCUACAUUUGCCUAGGUUCUUCGUGGAGAGGAGACCAAAAGCGCUGAUCAUGACUGAGAAAGUGAUCUUCUACCUGAAGUCCAAACCCAAUUGCAUGGAGGAGUACAACAUCAUCCGCCAAAAAUUUGGGCUUGGCUCAUCACUGAAGAAAUUGCAAAAAACAUUUAACUUCCAGAAAUUUAUCAAAUCAGAAUUGGUGCCGUACAGGACGCUGUAUCCAGAUGCACCAGAAGCAGAAUGGAGAUACAAGGGCGCCAAUAAGGAACGCAUACUCAGAGUUAUGUAUCUGGUCGAUUCCAAUAUGGACCCCAAAGAGGUAUGGCAGAAAUACGAUGACAUCUAUGAUGACGAAGAGGAUGAAAAAUGUGGUCUGUUGGAUGAGGGCCAUCGCCUGCUGGACCGCAAUCUGAUGGCACAGGCGUAUCGUGUGAUGGAGGCUCGGGGGCCGGAAGGCUUAACGCAGGUGGAACUCGGCAACAUGCUCGGUGCGUCCAAGCUGGCAGCCCGUGUACUCGUGCGCAACAUGGGCAAGUCUAACAAAGUCACCUCGUUCAUGAAGGAUGAGGGGAGGCAACGUACCACCAGGUUUGCCUUGAAGAAGUUUGAACAGAGUUCCGACUUCCAUAAACAAAUUACAAAAGAAAAGGACAAACUGAUAGAACUAGUGAAGAAAAAACAUGUUCCUGAAGACAGUGCUCAAGCAUCAGACCAACAGAUGGAAGUUGAUGAGGAUAAAGAAAGACCAGGACCAUCGGUCACUGAAGAAAAAACCAGUUCGCUUUCUACAGAAAGUGCAGCAUGCCAUAAAGAGAUAGCCAAAAAGUCACCAGGCCAAAAGAAAAAAUCAAACAAGUUGAUAGAGGCUACAACUGGUGAGAAAAAGGAGUCUGAUAUUAGUGAAGACAUGACAAAAAGUAAAAAAGAUUCCAAGUCAAAAAGUGAGAAGAGAAAACACAGUGAAGUUGAGGCCGGGCCGUCUGGGUUGUCUCCGGAAUGCAAAAAGAUUAAACAUAAACCACAAGAGUCUAAGAAAACAGAGGACAAGACUCAAACCGGUGUUGCUGGAGAAGACAUGCCUAAAGAAAAAAUAGAAAUAGACAUAAAAUUUCCUGAUGCAAUAUUAUUCAAUAACAGUCUGUCUGGAUCUCGUCUGUCUCGAGACCCCACCAGUGUAGAACAGAAUAGCAUUUCCUUCCGCAUCCUGAAAAGGACAAACAUGAUCAUGGAGGCGGUCCAUAAACAGAAAGUCAUCUUUGAUUACAGCAAGUUGCAGAAGAUGAUAUAUGAAGAGGAAGUGAGAGAAGGAUAUGAUGUUCGUAUGGACAAAAAGUCACUGCUACGUAUAAUAAAUCGAUUAUCAACGGAAGGCCACGUCAAGCACAUACGUAUUACGUUACGUGGCUACCAGAAAGAGAAAGUCUUGACAUUUUUAUGUCACCCAUCUGUUCCUAUAGAUCAUUCGGUGAUACAGUCGGCUAUAGAUCAGGCAAAAAUGAAAUUCCACAUCCUUGGCAAAGAAUCUAAAUCGAAGAAAGAGAAAAAGCUAAAGAAGACUCAAGUAGUCGAAAAGGCAUCUGGGGAAACUCUCCAUGAAACGACGGAUAUGAAAAUAGAAGAAAACAUUGGCCUAAAAUAUAAUGCUCAUGUGGGCCGACAGUACGGUUUCAAGCCGAAGUACAUGAGAAUACAAGUGCUGCACAAGUACAUGUUCUACCUGGUGUACGGCUACGAGGGAGAUGAGAGCCUGGACCAGCAGCAGGCUAUAGCCGAGCUGGAGAACCAAACCAAGAUCUCUGCGGAUGUCAGAGCCGAGAUGUCCCAGAUCUACAACCCUUCCUUGGACUGGAGAAUGUUCCUGCCACCUCUCCCACAGCAUGGUGGAUACUCGGAAGGCUGGGCUCUCAUGUCGGAUAUCCUGCUUCGUCUGCCUCUCUCAAUCUUCAUACAGGUGGUCAAUCUGACGUAUGAACUGCCAGAACUCGAGGAGUACUUGAAUCACCCAAUAAAAAAACACUUCCUGGUGAAGAACCUGCCUCUGCAGUUCAGGACAGCUUUGACGUUUGCUCGCAAAUACAUAUUCACAGUCCACGAGCAGGUACAGAAGUUAUGUUGUGUCGGACUCAUACAGCUGGGACCUCAAAGAUUGAAAGAAAAGGAUCAGGUGUUCGUAUACUUGAACCGUAAUGCCAUUCUGUGGGACACCAUCUCAUCGCCUGAUGGCUACCAUCAGAUAGAUAAGAGUAAGGAGUACCCAGUGCACCAGUACUACUUCAACAGUCUGUCGGCUGUGGAACGGUACUGGUACGAGCUAUGGAACAUCUGUAUGAACACCUUACUUGGGGGCAGAAUGUGUAUGAGUGGCAAGGUGGUGGAAGUGGAGCCCACAAACAACAAGCCAGAGAUGAUGGAAGCCAUGGAGCCCAGGACUGUGGAGGAGGCUGCUGCCAGGGAUGUGGGAUAUCUGCCUGGAGACCAUCUAGGCGCAGCUGGCUUCGACUCAACCAUGUUUGCUCAUCUGAAGAGAAAUUGGUACUGGAAUUCGUCCAAAACCUACCCAGACACAGCUCAGACACAUGCUCCUGCCCCAACCACUGACCUGGAACCGAUGGUGUACUUGCCAAAGAAGGAGGAGAGGAAGAUAUCGGUGAAGCCGUUGCGCGUGAUCUCCGAGACAAGCAGUGCGCGGCGGAGGGUAGGCCGCAGGGAGUGCGCCAAGCCUGACCUUAAGGAGAGCCUGCGGCAAGUCAAGAAAAGACUCAACACCAAGAAGACGGUGCGCACGCUGAAGCACAGAAAGCGCACCGGAAGGAAGCCAUACUAUGACCAAGUCGACCGGGAGGCACUGCUCAAGAUGAGCAAGCUCCGUGUAGACUGGUCUGCGAAGGAGGACAAUCUGCUGCUGCUGUGCAAGGUGGCGUUUGUGAUCUUCCUGUUCAUCGGCAAGAGAUACCAGAACUUGAUAAUUGUGCGGCAGAUCCUGCACGAACAGUGUCCGGAAGCGACAGAUAAGACUUCACGAGCAUGUCAGCGCAGGUUGAACUACAUGAUGAAGAAUCCACAGACUCAGCGCAGUGUAAACCUCUGCGUGGAGGAGAUGAAACAAGAUAACGUUGUCAUGAAGAAACUCAAGGACAUGGCAGAGAUGAUGAACACAGAAGGAAGGGCCAAGUUGAGCCAGAAGGAGAGAGAAGACCGUUGGGCGCAAUGCUACAAGGACUUGGUGCUGCUAUUGCAGGACCACUAUAAGAAACUACACAGUCAGGAGUUGUCCAGGAUCAGUGAAGGUUUUGUGCUGCCGGAAAAUGCUGAGGAAUUGCUUGAGAACUACAGAGUAUUGCGUCCCCAGAAAUUCAAGAAGAGAGGAUUUAAUGCCAUCCAUAAUGUGAUGGACAUCCAUGCAGGUGUCAUCAAUUCGACUAUUCUAAGUUCCUUGAACUGCGUGGGCGACAAGACGUCCUGGUCGUACCAACUGUUCAACAUCUACCAGCAGUACCCGGACAAGCUGCUGCGCACCGUCAUGGCUAAGACACGCAGUGACCAGAUGGUAUCCCUGCGCAAACGCUACCUGCGCACACACAUCAGGUCGGGUGACUACCUUCCUCUUUCCUCCAGUCCCUACCAGCUCUCUAUCAGCUAUAUAAACCUGCUGACGACAAGGUACCAGUUUGAGCUGUACGGAGACUGCCUGGGGAUGUACCAGAGGCUGUGGGCAGCCUGGCAGGACGCAGAGUGUCCCCACGAGGAAGUGAUGGCUACUCAAGGCGGUAUAGCAGCUUGUAUCGUGGAGUUCUGCUCCCAGGAACAGAUUGAUUUCAAGCUCGAAAUACCCGACCAAAUCAUUGUCAUGGAUCCAAAUGUAAUCCAGAAGGAUGAGACUUACACAAGAAUUGUACAGAGAUAUCAAGAUAUCCUUUCCAAAUGCAAGGACCCAGAUCAAGUCUCCACAACCGCCAUAUUUGACGACAAUUAUAAAACUCAGACUCAAGAUUCAUCAGUAAUGGAGGAAGAAGUAAUGCCCAAGUCGUCUCAGAACACUAUCGCGAAGGCAGCUACUCGUAUCGCACUGUAUCUCACGCGAGAGGAGUGCGACAAGGCUGAAGGAGUGGAGCAGAAGGAGAUGCAGCAUGCUCAUGACUUCUUUGUGGUCAACGCCACAAGGAUUUUUUGUCGCCUCAAAGAGGGGGAUGCUGAAAGUUUGGCCGUGCUGUCAAAUGAAAAAAUCAACAGUGUCCUUAGUAACAUAAAGAGACUGGCCACAUUCCCAGACAAGAGGUCCCGGGACCUGGAAGUCACCAGUGAGAUCAGUGACAAGCUGGGAGUGUCCCAGCAGCUGGUGGAAGACAUUGUCAAUCUCAUCCACUCGAAGAAGGAGAUGGGAGCGACCAUCGAUAAAAUCAGGGAGGUGUACGGGGUGGACAGCCAGGUGGCAGUGGUACUGCAGGAACUGGUGGACUCUCAGGUUUGCCUGCGCUGUGGCAUCAACAAGACCCGCUUGGUUCACCGUGAGCACAGCCGACCGUGGAUUAUUCGCUCGUACCGCCUACUGCGCUCAGAGCGCGAGAGGAUCACAGUACCUGACCAUAACCGCCAUGGCAUGCUUAUAAACAUCAGUGAAAACGCUGAAAAACUCCCGACCUCCUCAGGUCCGGAAGAACCAGCUGACAACAUUGAAGAUCAUAAGAUGGAAGUGGACUCAAAGCCGAAUAGUUCGGAGAUAGAGCCGGUUCCGUCGACCAGCAGUGCUUCCCCUCCCUCCCUCCCCCCACGUCAGCGGCGACCCCCAACCCACCUGGACAGUGCGGAGCCAGACACCUGUCCUGACUCAGGAGUUAAGAGGUCCUCAGCGAAAUUUGUUUCCUCGGGCCUCAGGAAGAUCAAGAAGGCAGCUCCAAUCGAAAACAAGACCAAGUGCAACCUCAACGUGUGCGUGCGGCCGUGGAUCAGGAUCAAUGGUACUCUGAACAGAAGAGUUCUGGACAAAUUCCUGUCCUCGGUCCUGGGUCACAUCAUGGUCGUGCCACUCGGCUCACUCAAGAUGGUUCAGGACCGGUUCACGCCAGCCUUCCAACCUCACCAUACCCGCGAACUGGUUGAGAUCCUAGCAGAAAUCAACUGUAUCAAAAUGAUGGCAGUGGGAAAUUCUCACAAGUCAACUCUGUUUUCCAAGCCGACACAAGUGUCUCUGGUUCCUGCCACAGGCUUGGAAAGUGAAGAAAGCAUCCUUUUAGAGCCAGACUCUAUGGCUGUGUCUCGUCUGGCUUGUUUCAUCGGUGACACUGCGUACCGUAAGGACAUCUACUCCACUGAUGGCGACAAGUCUUAGAGGCUGUUCCACUAACUUUACUGUCUGAUGUCGUUCAGUGAAGAGAGAGAAGUGAAACAAGAGAUCGAGUUUUAAGACUUUUAUUGGAUAGGAAGAGUGGAGCUUGCGAUUACCGAGUUAAAGACUUAAGAGGGUCUGUAGUCAGCUGCUAUCGUACAUCUGAGGCUCUGCUUUUAACAUGGGGAUAAAGUUAAAAACUGCAUUAUAAAUGUGAACUAAAAUACAAAAAAAAACAUAGAUUUUCUUUUCCUCAAUGUUAACGAAUUCUUAUAAAUAUGAUUAUUUAUUUAUACUAGUUGUUUAUAGUUUAUAUUCAGUAGAGUUUCUAAUGUGGAAAAUUUAUAGUGAAAUUAUAAAUUAUUACUAUAAACAUAAAAUAGUAUUUUCAGUAAUUCAUUAUCAUUGUAACGAUAAAACCUAAGUUUCAAAAUGAAACAUUUAUGAAUUAGAUUCGAGUUGCUAUUUUAAUUGUCGCCUGAGAUGCGCAAACAGCAGCUAACGUGCGUGCCCUCUUAAGUUCGAACAUGAAUUUUGUUUUAAAAGACUAAUUUUCCAAUUUGGUAAAAGGAAGUUUUCUGCUCUUUCUACCUUAUCCAAACCAUUUUAUUGUAUGGUGAUGUACAUUGUAACAGUAAAUCGUUUUUAAUUUUGUUACCACA